AUGAAUCCACCUGCAGACCGCGAAGCUCUCAUCAGAUAUUUCAAAUCCAAGAUGCAAGACAUUGACAGAAAGGAAGACAAGCCUCCUUUUAAAUUGUUAAAUGCAGCGGGUAGCUCUGACGUAUUCCGUCUCCAACUGAAAUUGUUUCGCCAGUAUUUUCAAGCGCACUACUUUUCAAUCAUAUUAAGAAGCUAUAUUUCAGAGAUCGAAAGGUGGCAUAGAGCUGUUGAUAUCUCAAGUGUGCAAGAUAUCGAGAACGAUAUGUACGAAACAAUCAAACACCUGUGCAACGAAGGAUUUUGGCCCGAAAACUUUGUCGACGUAGCAGCUCAAAUUCAACGUGAAGCUCAGCCGGACCAAGGCUCAAUCGAUUAUUUCUCCCUGUGUUUUAUAAUCAUAGUCAUGUUGGUCAGUGGUCAUAUAAUGAAUUUCAGAAUUCUCUAUCGAGACAUGCGCGACACGUCAGAUGCGGACAUGCGGAUCCUUCGAUUACAACACGAGUGCCUCCUGCCCGAAUUUGCAAGGUCUGGACUAGAUAUCAAUAAUAUCGAGAUCCCAGAUACCAUUAACAAACUAUCCGAGACAACAAGACUUUUGUGUCUCGAAAUGGGAGUUAACCCAGAUAAUUACCUAAAAACACCGGAUUCUGCAACUCGCGAGAAAGAAGCCGUCGAGCGCCAGAAACGAAUGGAGACUUUUCCCCUUCCCUCAACACCCUCCAAAACUUCACAAACACAGACCCUCAUAAAACCCAAACCCAGUAUUAAUUCAGCAACAGCUUUGUUGUUUUCAUACUACUCGUACACAUACUACACACACACACAAUCUAUCUAUCUAUUAAUUACAGUAUUCAUCACAAUAUACUAA